AUUAGACAUACUGGAAUACAUGAAGAAGUGUAGAUUGGACGAUUUGUAGGAUACGUUCGGUAGAUAUUAAAUAUUAAAACUAUAAGGGUUCGAUGAUUUUUGAUAUGGACAUAGGAAAUAAUCAUGCUCUAUUUAGAUUGAAUUAAAAAACGAUUAAAGCAAGCAUGGCAAAAGAGAAAAGGAAUAACAGUGUCACUUCCGACUUGAUCAGGGGUCGCAGUCUUCCCUCUUCCGUUACGCGUGCUCGUAUACAUCUGGAUUCUCCCCUUUGCAAAGUGUACCACAGUCUGGUAACGAAAUGUAAUUAUUUUUAAAAAGGAUGUAGGGACCACGUAUUUCCAGUGGGUCCGAUCGGUUGUGGGCGUAUAUUUGAACAAUAAACGCUGCUCAACGAACUUUUAUGAAUUAAUAUUGUCGUACGAAGAAAUUUAAAAAAAAAAGAAAAGAAACGGGAAGGAAAAAAGGAAAACAAACGCAAGUACUUCAACAUCUUGUGGUUAAUUCCGCUAAUUUUGCUACGUGCCUACGCGCAUAAAUCAUUUCUUGCGCAAUGUCGUUCUUUAAAUCACUUCAAAACGUGACUCCGAGAAGGAAGCUUUUCUUCCAUACAAUGUACACCGGAGCAUGAUAAUGUUCUCUAUUAAAUUUUCAACGCCUCCGCGUCAAUCAAAACGAUUCCACGUAAAUUCACUGAUUUCAAUCAUCAUUAUUAUUUGAUUUUUUCAAUGAGAAUUUGAAAUUCAAGAAGAAAGUCACGUCGUCGCUUUUCCUAGGGAAUUAAAAUCUUGGCGCACGCGCAGCAUCCGUUUUUCAUUCUAAAAUCUGACGGAUCCGGGCAAUUUACACUCUCAGUCGACUCAUGGAAUUCAUCGGAAUGAUCUCGAUCGAAUUGUAAUUUUCUUAUAAAUUCUCAUCGCUUGGUUGGAAAGUCAAUUUAUAAUUUGAUCGUUCCUGCGAUAAUUCAAUUAAGAGACACGUGUAAAGCGUUUGACGUUACCGAUAUCAAUGUCAAUAUGAAAAGUGAAAAGAGAAAGAGGAAAUUGAAGGUAUCGUUCGUUUUAAUAAGGAUCCGUAAGCAACUACGAGCAAUACCGACAAAUGUUCUUGUCAUUAUAGAAUCUCAUAGUGAUUCAUUUGAAAAGUGAAUUUUGGUUGUAUCAAGAGUUUAUUCGAGUCUUGGAUGGCGAAAAUAGAUCUCUCUCUUCGUUUUCGAUGCCCCGUUGAGAAAAAAAAAGAGAACGAUUCCAGCUCCUGUGAAAGAUGAACGAAAGAGAGAGCGAGAUUUAACGAGGGGAGCAAAGAGAUCUACGAGCAACCCAUAUGAAAGUAUAUAUUUGAUCUUCUAUAGGAGCUAACGAUAAAAAAACAAUUCUAAUUACGAGAUGUUCUCAUCGGAGUUUUUCUGAGCUACGCAUUACCACCACUAUAAUGUGCGUAGGUAUAGACAAAAGUAUGCUGGAAUAUUGGAUGAUAAGCAACAAUAGCGAUCUGAAGAGGAGCAAUGUAACGAUCGAACAGGUCCUACAGGAUCCAGGAUCAGUGGUUCUCUUUAUCGGUUAUCCAUCAUGGCUUUUGUACCUUGCCGCUGGCUGUUGUAUUCUCUUUAUGCUCAUUGGCAUUCCAGGGAAUCUUAUCACCGUGGCUGCUCUCUUUCGUACCAAGAAGUUGAAGAACGCCACUACGAUAUUCAUAAUGAAUUUAUCAUUUUCGGAUCUAAUGUUUUGCUGCUUUAAUUUACCACUAGCCACUUCAACAUUUUGGCAUAGAUAUUGGUUACAUGGAACACUCUUGUGUCGUCUAUUUCCACUGCUGAGAUACGGUCUUGUCGCUGUCAGUCUUUUUACCGUUUUGACAAUCGCGAUUAAUCGUUACGUCAUGAUUGGACAUCCCAGACUCUAUCCAAAACUUUACAAAACGAAAUACUUGGUACCAAUGAUUUUGGCAACAUGGAUCUUCGGUUUUAGUUUUUUAAUCAUCACAUGGUUCGGUCAUUGGGGUCGUUUUGGUUUAGACACUGCAAUAGGUUCCUGUUCGAUUCUUCCGGAUGUACAUGGCCGAAAUCCAAAGGAAUUCCUCUUCGUCAUAGCAUUCUUAACUCCCUGCGUAGCAAUCGUAGUAUGCUAUGCGAGAAUCUUUUACAUCGUUCGUAAGACGGCAUCGAAAAGCCGUAGACGAGAUCAAAUUUCUCCCACGAUCGACGAAGGCGAGAGGAAUCGCGAGCAAAGAUCGGUCACACCGAGAUAUCAAGAGGAAGAAGAAUCGUCCGUAGUUGGUUCGAGUUGCGUCGCCAGUGGGCUAUGCGUUUCCUUUUCUAAUCGUCCAACGAAAGAAGAACAAAUUUCGAAAAUUUUUCGAGUCAAAACUUACGAGGAGUCGUCCUUGGGAAAUCCACCUUCGUCCGAACAAGACUCGUCGAGAGACGAAGAAAAUGAUUUGCAAGAACAAGAGAGUUCUAUUGGUCUAGAUCCUUCUGCACAAGACAAGGACAAAAUAGCAUAUAAAGUGAUCGAGGAUAUACCGUUUGCGGAUGAUCGUAACGCCGAUAUCAGCGAUACGAACACAUUUCUGAGCACUCAUCCAAGAAAGAUCAAGGAUUUAACUGACAAACCGAGUUUUAAUGCCAAGAAAAGACUCGAAAGAAUGGCAAGCCGUGCAUCGUUUGUAGUCGAUUCAACAUUUUGGAUCGAAAGAAUCACUGAAUCUGGGACGCGAUUGGAACGUUCGGAAACAUUUGCUAGUUCGAGAUCAAUUACCCCUGAUCGUCGUAAUAAAACAAAAGCUAACAAUCAAAUAUUUCGACGAGAAUCCAAAUUCAAAAGUCUCGGUAGAUUUCGUAAUAUGGACAAUGGGCCAAGAAUGUCGAGGAAAGAUAAAAAACUCUUGAAGAUGAUACUUGUUAUAUUUUCAUCCUUUCUAAUCUGUUAUUUACCGAUCACCAUUACGAAACUUUUUAAAGAGGCUGAGAAUUGGAUGGGUCUCAACAUCGCUGGAUAUAUUCUUAUUUAUUUAACAACAUGCAUCAAUCCCGUCGUCUACGUUGUUAUGAGUUCCGAAUACAGGAGUACAUAUAAAAAUAUGUUACUCUGUAGGAACGAGUCUGUAUCUUCCGCGAAGAUGAAAACUUCUCAUAGAAUUGCUAGAAAACCAUCUACGUGAAUAUUAUGAUUUGAAUAAAACUUACUUGAAAUAUAUGCGCGCGUAUGUGUAUGAUAAUGGUGCAGCAUAAGUCGCGUCUGAGAAUUUUUCGAAGGACGGAAGGAUGCUAUGGCCUUACCAUAAAUGUACUUUAAAUAAUUCGAUGAAAAAAGUUACAGAGUGCAAUAUUAAAAGUAAAAG